AUGUUUCUCAGAGGCUACGCGAAUCCUCUGCUGAACAUGACUUCAUUCAAAAGUCAACGAGUAGUUGAAAACGGCUUCAUGCCAACAUUUAAAGUCCAGGGCCAGGUUUACCACCUUGCAGGUAGUCUUCUUCCACAAGUUCCUGACGACCAUAAGUUUUUGCAGAUAUAUUUUAUUUCCGAUCCUGAAGUUCAAGCAACGACUCGAUGUAAUAUUAGUAAUAGUAAUUCAAGAACACCACUUGAUAACUCUAUAGUCAGGUCAUUGCAAAACAUGUUGCAUUUGCAUAAUAGAUACGUACAAUCUUUUAAAACUGCAAUGGAAAGUAUCUCUCUCGAUGUCCCAGAUUACAAUGUAGUAAUUCAUGCCAGCAGGGUACCUGACGGUGAACACCGUGGACGGUAUAAUGCUCCUUCUACCAGUGAAGUAGCAGUUGUCAUUGCUGGACAACAAUUUGACAAAAGGGAUAUCGUUCUUCGAAGCCGCGACGAAAAUCUCCACAUAAUUUCCGAACUACAUCGUUCAUAUGACAGUCUUCAAUAUCCAUUGAUGUUUUGUCGAGGUGAAGACGGAUACACAAUUGAUAUUCCCCAAGUUAAUCCUUCUACAGGAGACAGAGUACAGAAGAAAGUUUCAUGUAUGAAUUAUUAUUGCUAUCGUUUAAUGGAACGCCAUAAUCAUUAUAAUGUUUUACUAAGGUACGGAAUGUUACUGAAUCAAUAUGUUGUAGAUCAGUAUGCUAAACUAGAAUCAGAACGUUUAGCUUUUAUACGAAAUAACCAAACACAAUUACGCGCAGAAAAUUAUAUACACUUACAGGAUGCUUUACAUUCUAAUGAACACACGACAAACAAUAUUGGGCAGCUGGUAAUAUUACCGUCAUCUUUUACUGGCGGACCAAGAUACUUACACGAAAAAACUCAAGAUGCCAUGACCUAUGUCAGGAAUUACGGGAAACCUGACCUCUUCAUUACUAUGACCUGUAAUCCUAAUUGGAAAGAAAUAAAAGAUAAUCUGCAUUCCACCGCAACACCUCAAGACCGAUAUGACAUUUUAAAUCAAUUACCAGACCAAGACGAAGACCCAACAUUGUAUGACAUCGUGGUAAGGAACAUGAUUCACGGACCCUGUGGAGCUUUAAACCCUAACUCGCCAUGCAUGCAUGAGGGAAAAUGUUCAAAAAAAUUCCCAAAACCAUAUCAGAGUCAAACUUCAACUGGUGAUGAUGGCUAUCCAAAGUAUAGAAGAUUAUCACCAGAGGAAGGAGGACGUAAGGCUGCUAUUCGUAAUUACGAAAUUGAUAACAGAUGGGUAGUGCCUUACAAUAAACUAUUAUUAAAAAUUUUCGAGGCGCAUGUUAAUGUAGAACUUUGCAGUUCCGUGAAAUCAAUAAAAUAUGUCACUAAAUACAUCAAUAAAGGAAGUGACCAGGCUACGUUUAGUUUACAUUCUACAAAUGAAGUAGAACAAUUUCAAUCUGGCCGCUACAUUUGUAGUUCUGAAGCACUAUGGCGGAUUAUGUCCUUCAAUAUUCAUGAAAGAGCACCAACUGUCACACACCUCGCUGUUCAUUUAGAAAACGGACAGCGGGUGUAUUUCACUGAAAAUAAUGUAAAUGACAUUGUGAAUAAUCCAAGAGAUACUACUUUAACAGCGUUUUUCAAACUAUGUGCAGAGGACGACUUCGCAAAAACUCUGACCUACGACAAGGUGCCUGCCUAUUAUACCUGGAAUCAAAAUACGAAAAAAUUCCAACGACGAAAGCAGGGGGCGGUAGUUCUCGGGUACCCUGGCGUGAGAAAAACAGAUGCUCUUGGAAGGGUGUACGUGGUACACCCUAAUAAUGCAGAAUGUUUUCAUUUGCGGUUGUUACUCCACGUUAUAAAAGGCCCUACUUCGUUUAGAAGUCUCCGCACUUUUGAAGGUGUAACUUACGACACAUUCCAAGGGGCUUGCAAAGCUAUGGGCCUCCUCGAAGAUGACAGUCACUGGGAGAGUACGCUCUCUGAAGCAGCCAUAUGCUGUUCACCAAAAUCACUUAGGUGCCUUUUUGCCAUUAUGAUAUCGUUCUGCCAAAUCACGGACCCGCAUCUUCUUUGGCAAAACUAUCAGGAAAGUAUGUCCGGAGAUAUACUGCAACGCAGACGACAAGAACUGUCAUCAGAUGAUAUAGAGUACGACCAAAAUAUUUUUGAUGAAGCUUUAAAUGAAUUAAAUAAAGAGGUCGAAUCUCUAUCAGGUAAAAGUAUAAAAGAUUUUGGUUUUAACUUGCCGUUAAAUUCAAAUCUUUAUGCAAUGAACAACAUCGAGGAUUUACGAGAGACUGACUAUGAUUACACCCAACUCUUACAGACAAUUCAAGAUGAACAUCGCUUAAAUCCAGAACAAAAAAUUGUUUACGACCAAAUAUUGUCAUCAGUUAAUAGUAAUGAAGGGAAAAUGUUCUUUCUAGAUGCACCCGGGGGCACGGGUAAAACAUUUAUAAUUAAUUUAUUAUUAGCAAAAGUAAGGUCUGACAGAAAAAUUGCUCUUGCCGUGGCGUCGUCCGGUAUUGCAGCCACACUUUUGAAAGGCGGGCGAACUGCACAUUCCACUUUCAAACUACCUUUAAAAAUUUGCAGUGACGACGUCUCUAGCAUUUGUAACAUCUCAAAACAGAGUAAAACAGGUAAAUUAAUGCAGGAUUGUAGCUUGAUUAUUUGGGACGAAGCUUCCAUGUCCCAUAAAGCAUCAGUUGAGGCAUUAGACAGGAUAAUGCGCGAUUUACGCAACAGAAAUUGCCCAAUGGGUGGCUGCACCGUUUUGUUUUCUGGAGACUUUCGUCAAAUUUUGCCAGUCAUAGCAAGGGGGACUAGAGCUGACGAAGUCAAUGCAUCACUCAAAAGAUCUUAUCUUUGGCCACAUAUUACAAAAUGUGAACUUAAUACAAAUAUGAGAAUUUUGUCCUCCAAUAAAGACAAUAAACAAUUUUCAAAUAACUUACUUCAAAUAGGUAAUGGUGCAUUUCAAUCCGGAAAUGUUAAAAUCAAUCUUAGUAACCUAUGUGCUUUGGUUCAAAAUGUGGAAGAAUUGGUUGAGACCGUAUAUCCCGAUAUUACUAAUAUAACUACAAAGACUUUAUGUUGGUUUAAGGAAAGGGCUAUAUUGGCACCUACUAAUGAACAGGUUGAUAAAAUUAAUCAUUUAAUUAUUUCCAAGUUUGAAGCACCAUCAGAGAUAUACUAUUCAGUUGAUACAGUUUUGGAUACCGCAGAGGCAGUACAUUAUCCAACUGAAUUUUUGAAUUCUUUAGUUCCUCCCGGAAUUCCUCCACACAAGUUAAUAUUAAAAGUGGGUUCACCAGUGAUAUUACUUAGAAAUUUAAAUCCCCCAAAAUUGUGUAAUGGCACGAGACUCAAAAUAGUUAAAUUAAAAAACUUUCUAAUCGAAUGCACUAUUUUAACUGGCUGUGGUACUGGUGAUACUGUUUUAAUUCCCAGAAUACUGAUGAUUCCCUCCGAAUUACCCUUCCAAUUCAAAAGACUGCAAUUUCCAAUCAAAUUAGCCUUUGGUAUUACUAUUAAUAAGGCACAAGGCCAAACUUUAAAAGUUGCAGGAAUAGAUUUAACUGAUCAAUUUUUUUCUCACGGCCAGUUAUAUGUUGCCCUUUCAAGGGUGACAUGUAAAAAUAAUCUGUUUGUGUUUACUAACAAUCCGUCAGAAGUAAUGAACGUUGUGUAUAAGGAAAUAUUUCAAUAG